GCCUGUGCGGAAGUGGAUGGAUCUCUCUUGGGCAGCUGGAAAAAGAGCGGAGACGAGUUCUGGUUUUCCGUGGCCGGGGGGGUAUGGUGCCAGCUCCGGAGAGUGCCGGAAGGAGGAGAAAAGGCCGCAGACUGGGGUCGCUCUCUACCCACAUCCCGGUCACGAAGGGGUGGAGGCAAAAGGACCUUUACAAUCUGGGCUUAAUUUUACACCUGAGGAGAUAAACCCACGCGAGUUAAUUGGCCAAACGUCGUACAGCUGGUCAGUGGGAGAAUCAGCAGUGUUAGUAAUUAACUCCACCUUGGAUUAAAGCCCUAGUUUCCUUAGAAGAACCAGAUGAUUUUAAUCAAAGUUUAAUAUCGAAAAAUGUUCUCUAAAACUGUAGUCUCUGAAGUCCCUUUUUAUUUACUCUUUUCUCAGCAGCAGCCCUGUUAAGGCAGGAGCGGACUGGAGUUGGGGAGACCUGGAAUUCAACCUUCCUCCUGGGACUGGGUCAGGUAUCAGUAAAUCAUCAGGAUUACCUUUUCCUUAAUAAACUUGAAAAUUUCUGAGUGAAUGACGAGAAAAUGCUUAAUGGGAAGGCCAAACACCAGCAAUACUUUAAUCCAGAAAACAACAAAGAACAGAGAGAAAAACAACUUUUUACUGGAAUCUGAGUUAAUAAAUUGGGAUCACAGAACAAACAGCAAACAACAGCUUAAACAGAUUUCCUCAUCUAUUUGUUUCUGGACUAAAGCCAGAAUCAACACUGUCCCUAUUUCUAAUCAAAUAACAAAGAAGCAAUUACAAAGUCUGAAUGCAGUUAGAGGAGCCUGGGAGACAGAGUGGCUGGACCUCGCCUAAGCUGUGUCUCUGACUCAUUUGUGACUUCAGGCAAGUUCUUUCACUGGGAAAAAUGGCGAAGAUGAUCAGUUUCAUCCUUCUCACCACUGUUCUGGUAAUGGGCAGGGAAAGCUGGGCUCUCGAGAACUGCCUGCAGGAGCAGGCGCGGCUCAGAGCCCAGGUGCACCUGCUUGAGACCCGGGUCAAGCAGCAGCGGGUCAAGAUCGCGCAGCUUUUUCAUGAGAAGGAAGUCCAGUUCCUUGAUAAAGGAGAGGAGAAUAGCGUCAUUGACCUUGGAGGCAAAAGGCAAUACGCAGAUUGUUCAGAGAUUUUCAAUGAUGGGUAUAAGCAGAGUGGAUUUUACCAAAUCAAGCCUCUCCAGAGCCCAGCAGAAUUCUCUGUUUAUUGUGACAUGUCCGAUGGAGGAGGAUGGACUGUAAUUCAGAGACGAUCUGAUGGCAGUGAGAACUUUAACAGAGACUGGAAUGACUAUGAAAAUGGCUUUGGAAAUUUUGUCCAAAAAAAUGGUGAAUAUUGGCUGGGUAAUAGAAAUCUUCACUUACUGACUACACAAGGAGACUACACAUUAAAAAUCAACCUUGCAGAUUUUGAAAAGAAUAGCCGUUAUGCACAAUAUAGAAAUUUCAAAGUUGGAGAUGAAGAGAAUUCCUAUGAUUUGCAUAUUGGGGAAUAUUCUGGAACCGCUGGAGACUCCCUUGCAGGGAAUUUUCAUCCUGAAGUGCAAUGGUGGGCCAGUCACCAAAGAAUGAAAUUCAGCACAUGGGACAGAGAUAACGACAACUACGAAGGGAACUGUGCAAAAGAAGAUCAGUCUGGCUGGUGGUUUAACAGGUGUCACUCUGCAAACCUGAAUGGUUUAUAUCACACUGGCCCCUACACGGCUAAAACGGACGAUGGGAUAGUCUGGCACACCUGGCAUGGAUGGUGGUAUUCCUUGAAAUCUGUGGUUAUGAAAGUUAGGCCAAAUGAUUUUAUUCCAAAUAUUGUUUAAUUGUCCCUGCUGGGCUUUCAUUUCUGCAGUUCAUCUUGGUUUAAGUGAUUUGAAAAAUAGCAAAUCUGAACAUUCACAAGUAUAAUGAUGGCAGUUGUUAUGUGCACUCUUUUCAUUCUUACUUGCCUUUAUUACUUAAUGUACUUUCAGUACAGCAAAUAUGUGCUAUUCACCAAAUAAAUGUAGAUUAUGUUGCUAUUUAA